UUCGGUUCUGCUUGGCAGAUCGGCGGGUGGGAAUUCUCUGGAUUGUUCAGUUCUCUCGUUUGGGAAAGGAUCCUUUGUGUGGUGCUUUAUGCUACAAGUGUGCUGCUACUCGAGACAGAUUUCUGAGAUCGUAAGGAUUUCCGAUUUAGUGCGCGCGGUGAAAACAAAGCAGCUGUGCGAGUAGCUUCCGCAACGCAAAAAGUUUUCCGGAAGGAUCACAAGUUCAUAGUUUUACAAUAACGCUGUGAAAGUUGAAAGGAAAGCGAUUUGGAAGGAGCUUGAAUAGGGAUACCAGAAUGAAAUCAGUCACCGCAUUGCUGAUCCUCGGCAUCGCGAUAAGGAUAGAAACAAUAUUCGGAGCGAUACCGUCCACCAUUCGCGUGUGCUCGCGGAAUGAUCCCAAUCUCAGCAAGUGCGUUAUCGAUUCGGUGAACGCGCUGAAGCCCCAAUUGGCAACUGGAAAAAUCUCCGAUGAUUUCUCAAUCCCGCCACUGGAACCACUGGCCUUAGCUACCAUCAACAUGGAUCGCGGUUCGGAGUUCAAGGCCACGUUCACCGAUGUCCUCGUGAAUGGACCGAGUAAAUUCCAAAUCGAUAAUCUGAAAAUCAACCUCGAUAAAUUAACCUUCGAUUUCAACAUUUAUCUGCCAAAACUUUCCUUCCGCGGAAAGUAUGACCUCAAGAUCAAACUUCUCCUGCUGAAUAUCGCCGGUACCGGCGAUUUAAAAGGCGCAUUAGAAAACUCUCGAGCCCGCGUCAAGCUGUACUGCGAGCAGUACGAGAAAGGUGAUCAGAAAUAUAUGCGAGUCAAGCGGCUGGCCGUCAAAAUACAGAUCGAGAAGGGGCAGUUCGAUAUGAAGGAUUUGUUCAACGGCGAUCCGGUGCUGAGUCAGGUCGGUAAUCAAUUCAUCAAUGAAAACUCGCGUCUCUUCCUGGACGAACUCACGCCCGGCUUGGAGCGAAGCCUUUCGGACACGUUCAAGAACACCGCUAACGAAAUUCUACAGCUGGCUACCAUCGAUGAGAUUUUCCCAGCGUAGAAGCCUAAAUUGAAAAAAGUUGAUGGACAUAAACUGGAAAACAUAUUUAGACUCUCGAUCGUAUUGUAAUCGGUAGGAUCACCAAAUUCUGUAUUACUUUAGACUUUACUGGUGUUGUGUACAAGGAAAACUACUGUCUGUGAUGAGAUUGCUUUGUGUAUAAUCAAUUUCCAACUGAAUUAGAUUGUAAGUGAAAAAUCCCUAUAUAAAUGAAACCAAAAAUAAAGAAAGAAAAUUUUAUUUUCCCCGGCA